GAGUUCAGGCUUCGGUGUUCAGUAGUCGUCACGCUUCAGCCAAGAAAGCAUCUAAUCAGAAAAGAAUAUAAAUUACCGAUAGUUACUCCAACUAUUAAUUUAUUUAUUAACUAUCAUAUUAAUAAAUAACUACACUAGCAAAAAUGGCAGCCGAAUUUUUGGGAAAAAAAUACAAACUAUUCAGCAGCGACAAAUUCGACGAGAUGAUGAAGGCAUUGGGUGUCGGACUGGUGACCCGCAAAAUGGGAGCAAGUGUAAGUCCAGUGGUCGAGGUGACCAAAGACGACAACGACAUGUACACGAUGAAGACAACAAGUACUUUCAAGACCUCAGAAGUUAAGUUCAAGCUCGGCGAGGAAUUCGACGAGGAGACACCGGAUGGCCGCAAAGUAAAGAGUGUCAUAACUUUAGAUGGCAAUAAAAUGAGUCACAUUCAAAAGGGAGAAAAAGAUACUGUAAUUGAACGAGAGUUCACUCCUACGGAAAUGACUGCUGUCAUGAAAGUGGAUGACAUUGUCUGCACCCGUGUCUACAAGGUCCAAGCAUAAGGCAGCGGACAUUUUAAAAUGCCAUUUUCUGCACCAAGUGCACCCAUAAUCAAUUUAUCGUUUUUUAUAUUAUUAUAAUUAUAAUUAUAUUAAUUAUUAUUAUUAUUAUUAUGGAAAUUAUUAAAGAUUAAAUUAAUCAAUGCGGAAUAUAAAACUCUUUGUAUUCUGUUCAAUAAAUAUCAUAUGAAAGUA